AUGAAAGUAUUCGUCUGUUUGCUGGCUGUGGCCGCGGUGGCUCAAGCAGGAUUCAUUGGAGGCGCAGGUGGUGGCGGUGGUGGUGGUGGCUACGGCGGUGAUGCAUCCUCCCAUGGCAGCGGAGAUGGUGGCUACAGCUACGGCGGCGGCGGUGGUGGUGGCUCAGACCACCAUGGCGGCGGUGGUGGUUCGCCACCGGUCAAAAUCAUCAAGGUGAUCCACGAAUCUGCUCCAGCUGGUGGCUCUGGAGGCUGGCAGUCCGGAGGAGGCGGCGGCUGGUCGGCUGGCGGUGCUGGCGGCGGCGGUGGCGGCGGAUAUGGCGGACAUGGUGGACAUGGCGGACAUGGCGGCGGUGGUGGCGCGCAGGAAAUCAAAAUCAUCAAGAUUAUCUCGCAGCAGGCUUCGUCCGGCGGUCAUGGUGAUGGCGGCUACGGCGGUUCCUCUGGAGGAUAUGGCGGUGCAUCCGGUGGCGGCUGGUCAUCGGGUGGUGCUUCCAGCGGUGGCUGGUCCGCAGGAGGUGGAGGUGCUGCUCCGGCCGUGAAGAUUAUCAAAGUCAUCUCGGAAUCGGACUCUGGCGCUGGCGAUGCCGGUGGUUGGUCAUCCGGUGGAGCAUCCUACGGUGCGCCCAGUUCCUCCUACGGUGCACCCAGUUCCUCCUACGGACCUCCCAGCAGUUCCUACGGUGCUCCAUCCAGUGGUGGCUGGUCAUCCGGCGGCGCUUCCAGCGGCGGUUGGUCCUCGGGUGGCUCGUCCAGUGGAGGAUGGGCUCCCCAGGGCGGUGGCAGCUGGUAA